GCAUCAUGACACCCUUGAAGACCCAGCACUGCUUGGUGGGUCAGCCUUACACAGUGCCCCUUAUCCAGCCGGACCUGCGACGAGAGGAGGCAAUCCAGCAAGUGGCAGACGCCCUGCAGUACCUACAGAGCAUCUCCGGAGACAUCUUCAGCAGGAUCUCCCAGCGAGUAGAGCUGAGUCGGUGCCAGCUGCAGGCCCUUAGGGAGAGGGUCUCCUUGGCCCAGGCGAAGAUAGAGAAGAUCAAGGGCAGCAAGAAGGCCAUCAAGGUCUUCUCUAGUGCCAAGUACCCGGCGCCUGAGCGUCUGCAAGAAUAUGGCUCCAUCUUUACUGGUGCCCUCGACCCUAAUCUGCAGAGAAGACCCCGGUACAGGGUCCAGAGCAAGCACCGCCCCCUGGAUGAGCGGGCCCUGCAGGAGAAGCUGAAAUACUUUCCUGUGUGUGUGAACACCAAGUCGGAGCCUGAGGAUGAGGCUGAGGAGGGACUUGGGGGUCUUCCCAGCAACAUCAGCUCCAUCAGCUCCCUGCUGCUCUUCAACACCACAGAAAAUCUGUACAAGAAGUAUGUUUUCCUGGACCCUCUGGCUGGCGCAGUAACAAAAACCCACACGAUGCUGGGCACAGAAGAGGAGAAGUUGUUUGAUGCCCCUCUGUCUAUCAGCAAGAGAGAGCAGCUGGAACAGCAGGCCCCAGAGAACUACUUCUAUGUGCCAGACCUGGGCCAAGUCCCUGAGAUUGACGUGCCCUCCUACCUUCCUGACUUGCCUGGCAUCGCAGAUGACCUCAUGUAUAAUGCCGACUUGGGCCCUGGCAUUGCCCCCUCUGCUCCUGGUGCCAUUCCAGAACUGCCCACCUUCCACACAGAGGUAGCUGAGCCUUUCCAGCCAGAACUGGAGGAUGGAGCGCUUCUGGCAGCGCCACCACCACCGCCACCGCCACCACCACCACCUCCCCCAGCUCCCACCGUGGUGGUCAGUGCCCCACAACCACCAGUGUUCCCUGAAGUGGCAACUGCACCUGGCCAGGUUGCCAGGGAAGAAGACAGGAGCAGCGGCGUGGCCCACUCAGCCUCUGUCCAAGGAGCUCCUAAGGAGGUGGUUGACCCCUCCAGUGGCCGAGCCACUCUGCUGGAGUCCAUCCGCCAAGCUGGGGGCAUUGGCAAGGCCAAGCUGCGCAGCGUCAAGGAGCGCAAGCUGGAGAAGAAGAAACAGAAGGAGCAGGAGCAAGUGAGAGCCACCAGCCAAGGCGGGGACUUGAUGUCUGACCUCUUUAACAAGCUUGUCAUGAGGCGCAAAGGAAUCUCUGGAAAAGGACCCGGUUCUGGCACUAGUGAGGGACCUGCGGGAGCCUUCACGCGGAUGUCAGACUCCAUCCCACCCCUGCCACCCCCACAGCAGCCCGCGGGCGACGAGGAUGACGAUGACUGGGAGUCCUGAGUGUGCUCUGACCCCUCUCCCACAUUCAGCAGCAGCAGCUUCGAGGGGCUUCUCAGCCAGCUGAGGCCUUUCAGGUCCUGCUGCCCAUGCAGGUCCAGGGGGUGAUACAAGUGUUAGGGGUCUGUGCCCAAUCUCUUCAUGGAGUGGGGACUGUGCGAGCCGCCUGCUGCUUCCCUGCUUCACACCACUGCUUGACUCCCUCCUCCCCUGAAGAGCAACAGCAGCAAGAAGGAAUAAAGAAAGUAACUAGGGCCGGGCGUUGGUGGCGCACGCCUUUAAUCCCAGCCAACAGGGCCCUUUUAGUAAAUGAAGAGCAGUUUCUUGGA